AUUGAAGAUCAACCCAAAGAAGGAACUCUCCGCCGUCGCCAUGGUUUCCCGUCAAGUCAACACGCGACGCCGACUUCUUCUUCCUCUCCCUCGUUUCCUCCACCCCCGACUGGUACUCACUGCCUCCUCAAAAUAAUUAUAUCCUCCUCCACUUGGGUUUGUAGAUUCGCAUCCUUUCCGCCAGCUCGCAUUCAGGGAAGGCUUCGCCUUUGCUUUACUCUUUGACCUUCCCUCUCUCCUCCUCCUCCGAUCUGAAGCGGGGAUGCGAGGGCUCCGAUCGCGGAAAUGGGGGGGAGGAAAGGGAUGAGGGCGGAGAAUCCGAGAGCUGUCUGGGAUUACUGCCGCUGCUGCCUCUUCAUGGCCCCGCGGAUCCGGUGGAGGUGGGCGCCCUUGGGGUUCCUUGCCCGUUCCCCCUCUGCCGUCUCCUUCCUCCUCGGCUCCCUCGCCGCCUCCGGGCUCGUCGCCGUCACAUUCUUCUGGCUCGUCAUCUCCUCCUCCCGCCGCUCCGAUCCGACCCUGGUCGGUUGCCGGCCGGACAGCGAAGGUUCUUGGUCCGUUGGCGUGUACUACGGGAAGAGCCCCUUUUCGCUUUCCCCUAUCGAAUUGCUUGGUAGCAGCAACGCCAACAAUUCAGCAUGGCCUAUCGCGAAUCCUGUGUUAACCUGUGCAUCACCGUCGAGAGCAGGGCAUCCGAGCAAUUUCGUUGCGGAUCCGUUCCUUUAUGUUCAGGAUUCUGUUAUGUACUUGUUCUUUGAGUCGAAAAGUACCACUACAAUGAAAGGUGACAUUGGUGUUGCAAGAAGUUUUGAUCAAGGUGGCACAUGGGAAUUUCUGGGCAUUGCUUUAGAGGAAGAUUGGCAUUUGUCUUAUCCAUUUGUUUUCAGCUACCAGAACCAAAUUUAUAUGAUGCCUGAGGGGAACAAGAAGGGAGAGCUUCGACUCUACCGAGCAGUAAACUUCCCACUAAAAUGGACUUUGGAGAAGGUUCUCAUAAGGAAACCCCUUGUAGAUGCCUCAUUAAUCCAGUACGAGGGACACUAUUGGCUGUUUGCUUCAGAUUUUACUCGGUUUGGUAUUGAGAAGAAUGCAGAACUUGAAAUAUGGUACAGUAGCUCACCGCUUGGGCCCUGGAAACAACAUCCAAAAAAUCCUAUAUAUAGAGCUGACAAAAGCUUGGGAGCUCGAAAUGGGGGAAGACCCUUUAUAUAUGAAGGCUCUUUGUAUCGCUUGGGCCAGGACUGUGGUGGGACAUAUGGACGAAGAAUCCAAAUUUACAAAAUUGAAAAACUAAACAGAGAAGAGUUCAAGGAGGUUCCUGUCAAGCUGGGUAUUGAAGAACCAAAGAAAGGUCGAAAUGCCUGGAAUGGCAUCAGAUACCACCAUUUGGAUGCCCAGCAACUCCCUUCAGGUAACUGGGUUGCAGUUAUGGAUGGAGAUCGUGUUCCUUCUGGUGAUUCCACAACUCGUUUUCUCCUAGGUUGCACGUUUACCCUGCUGCUCCUUUUACUGAUCAUGUCCAUAGGCUUCUUUGUUGGUGCAGUAAACUGUUGUGUGACAUUUAGUAGGAGAAAUGAAUCAUCUUGGCUUAGAACUCGUCCACAUAUUAACUUGAGGGCUCGGAGAUAUCUUGCAGGCAUGAAUAGAUACGGUUCUUCUAUCAGAGCAAGAGUAAAUCCUAAAACAUGCUCUGGAAAGGUAGUUCUCAGCUUCCUUGUUCUUGUGGGCAUAGCUUCUGCAUGCACAUCUGUGCAUUUUCUAUUAGGAGGCAAUGGUGCAGAAGAGGCUUACUUGUUUGGAGGUCAAUACUCUCAAUUUACGAUGGUUACAAUGACUUAUGAAGCCCGUAUUUGGAACUUAAAGCUAUAUGUCAAACACUACUCUCGAUGUGAAUCUGUAAGAGAAAUAGUUGUUGUUUGGAACAAAGGAAAACCUCCUAGUGAGGAGGAGUUUGAUUCUGUUGUGCCUGUCAGGAUACGCGUGGAAGAGCUCAAUUCUCUCAACAACAGGUUCAAGGUGGACCCUCUGAUUAAAACCAGAGCAGUUCUUGAACUAGAUGAUGAUAUAAUGAUGACGUGUGACGACAUCGAGAAAGGGUUCAGGGUCUGGAGGGAGAAUCCUGACAGGCUAGUAGGUUUCUAUCCACGGCUGGUAGAUGGCAGUCCUUUGCAGUAUAGAAAUGAGAGGUAUGCUCGGGGGAAAAACGGCUACAAUGUAAUACUGACCGGUGCGGCCUUUAUGGACAGUGAAUAUGCUUUUAAGAGAUACGGGAGCCAGGAAGCAACAGAAGGAAGAGCCUUGGUCAACCAGUUCUUCAAUUGCGAGGACUUGCUGAUGAAUUUUCUGUAUUCAAAUGCGAGUUCAGAGAGAACUGUGGAGUAUGUUCAUCCUGCUUGGGCUAUCGAUACAUCCAAGCUGUCGACUGCUGCAAUUAGUCGUAACACGCAGGUGCACUAUGACAUCCGUACCAACUGCUUGUCCAAGUUCUCAGCCUUGUACGGUGCUCUUCCCUCGAAGUGGGAAUUUGCUAGUAGAGCGGAUGGUUGGGAUAGAUAGACGGGCAAGCAUAUCCUUAAGUCUAUCAUGUUUAUAUGGCAGCCAAUGACGGUUUCGCCAAGACCCCAUGAAUUAAACAUGGGGCCGUGAGCUGCGUUUUUUAUAGCAUUAUCUUGUUUUCUAGACCGCGAUCAUGUACCAUUAUUUAAAGAUGAGCAACUGAUUACUUGACCAGGGUUGGCUCUGCAGAGACUCCCAAACCAGAGUCUUGUUGCAACAUGCAACAAGACCAUGAGAAAGCAGUCUGCAAAGAUUCACUGGUGUUGCUCUUGUUACUAGAGCUGUUUGUAUCUUGGAUUGGCUGUAGAACACUUGUAACUUUGUUGUUGUCAUCUCCUUUCCUGUAACAUUAUCAGCUGCAUUCACGGAGGUUAAUUUUUUAUUGGUUUGAAACAA